AUCCCCCUUUCCACACAGGCUGAGCAGCGAGAGACAGUAAGCAGACAGGCAGAGAACCGCAAGUGGAGGUCUCAUCAGGAUGACAACAGUCGUAUUCUUGUGUUUGCUGGUACCAUGGCUGGCCACAGUGUCGGGGAACUCUCUGGACCAAAAGACCCAACUGAUACUCGGACGUGUUCCAGCAAGGCACAGAGCUGGGGACUACUUAGAGUCAAGGAAGACCAAGAGGGAAGUGCCUGCACACCGGGAGCAUGGGAUGCUCGGUGAUGAACCCGAGGAUGGACCGAACGCAGGGGGAGACACCAGUGAUCUCCCUACCUGCCUGCUGUGUGUGUGUCUGACCGGCUCGGUGUACUGUGAAGAGGUGAGUCCGGACAUGACCUCCGUACCCGCCUUGCCCAAGGAGACCGCCUACCUGUACGCCCGCUACAACAGGAUCAAGAAGAUCAGGUCAAAGGACUUUGCUGAUAUCUUGACUCUGAAGAGGAUCGACCUGACGGGGAACCUGAUUUCUGAGGUGGAGGACGGGGCGUUCUCCAAGCUGCCCCUGCUGGAGGAACUGAACCUGUCGGAGAACCGCCUGGUCAAGCUUCCCAUGCUGCCGGCUAAACUCACAGUCUUCAAUGCCAACUACAACCUCCUCAAGACCAGGGGUGUCAAGGCUACUGCCUUCAAGAAACUGACCAGGCUGGUGAACCUUUUUUUGGGCGACAACCAGCUGGAAGCAGUUCCACAGAUCCCAGAGAGCGUCCGCACUGUUCAUCUACAGAACAACAAUAUCACAGAGAUCAGCGUAGACACCUUUUGCAAGGGCAACAACACCUACUACCUGCGGCCCAGCCUCAACGAGGUGCGUCUGGAUGGAAACCCCGUGGUGCUGUCCAAGUACCCCGACAGCUUCAUCUGUCUCAGGUCCCUGCCUUUAGGGCGCUAUUACUGAGCACCAUCAGUUUUCAGUUGUGCUCCUGGUGCAGGCUGCUGAGCUUACUGGGGCAUACUGGAAACUAGCUGUGUGGAGUUUCUUUACUGGGCACUGGUUACACGGUCUCAAAUACCUUCAACAAUUCAUCCAAGAAAUCUGUGGUUCUCCCCAUGCACAGCUAGUCACUAGUCACAAUUUAAAAUAAGUAGUGUCCAUCUAGCCGCACUUCUUGUUUUCCAAGUACAGUUAGCUAACAAGCUGAGAAGCUAGCUUAGACAUAGCUGCACCAUUUUGUCCAUGCUGGUCACAGGCCAGCAUGAGAUAAACAUCUCAGCGAUGCCAAUGCAGGAAUGUUUUUGCUACUGUGGGGCAUGUAGUAAAGAAAGUAUCUCAUCUAACAUUGUGUUACUGUCAAGUCAUUCUAUGUGGUCGUUUGUGGCAUAUAGUCGCACCUUUGAUAGGCCUUUAGAUUCUCUCAUUCAUAAAAUAUAUAGUUGAUGAUAGUAGAUGAGGGACCCUUGUGAGGUGAUGAGUUUUGGGGUCGCGGGUGCUGGUGCACCCCCUCCAGGGUCAACACCCUCAUGUUUACUCUUGUGUUUUUACACUCACGUUAUUACUCUGAAGUCCUGAGGAAGUUCCUCAGCACCAACUCAACCAUAGGCACCAUGAGCGGAGCCUACGAGGAGCUAACCCUGAGGGGAGGAAGACUACCCUAACCCUAGAACAAUACCCUACUCUGACAGGAGGACAAUACCCUAACUGUAGCGACAGUACAGCAGGUAGAAUACCCUAACCCUACAGCAGGUACAAUACCCUAACCCUAGAACAAUACCCUACUCUGACAGGAGGUACAAUACCCUAACCCGACAGCAGGUACAAUACCCUAACCCUAGAACAAUACCCUACUCCGACAGGAGGUACAAUACCCUAACCCGACAGCAGGUACAAUACCCUAACCCUACAGCAGGUACAAUACCCUAACCCUAAGCAGGUACAAUACCCUAACCCGACAGCAGGUACAAUACCCUAACCCGACAGCAGGUACAAUACCCUAACCCUACAGCAGGUACAAUACCCUAACCCGACAGCAGGUACAAUACCCUAACCCUAAGCAGGUACAAUACCCUAACCCUAGUGACAGUAAAGCAGGUAGAAUAACCUUACCCUACAGAAGGUAUAAAUCCCUAACCCUACAGCAGGUACAAUACCUUAGCCCUAGUGACAGUACAGCAGGUAGAAUACCCAUCCUGUAGUGAAUGUAAAGCAGGUACAAUGACCUAACCCUAGUGACAGUAAAGCAGGUACAAGGCCCUAACUGUAAUGACAGUGAAGCAGGUAGAAUACCCUAACCCUGUUACAGGAGGUAGAAUACAUCAUGGUGCUAUGGUAAUGUGAACGUUGCUCAACUCAUAUCUCCUAAAGUGUCCUUGUUCAGGAUAACAUAAUAUUAAAACGUUAUAUAUAUAUAUAAACAUAGAUAUACUGAAACACACACACACACACACACA